GUUUCCGCAGUUGAGCAAACGUCACCUUUCCUUUGGUGAGCAAGGUGUGUUCACGUGAGGUUGUGUGGUCUCUCGAAAUAGGUCACACAAUCAUCACAAUUUCGUGAAAUUGUUCUAAAAUAUAAAAAAAAAAAUACAAAAUUAAUAAAAAACCAAAAAAAUAGUAAAAUUUUUAUAAAAUAAACGGGAAUCAAUCAAUUUAAGUUAGUGAGCGUAAGCGUGCAACGUGGUCUAAGGAAUGCGAUAGGUAUCGUAAAGAGAAAGUGAAGUCAUAGUUUAUCAAGCUAGAAGAUUUAUGCUUUAAGAACGACCAUCUUAACGAAUUCACAAUGAAUCCUGGUCCACCUAAUUACCCAAUGGCAUCUUUGUAUGUCGGCGAUUUGCAUUCAGACAUAACCGAGGCCAUGUUGUUCGAAAAAUUUUCUAUCGCUGGUCCCGUCCUCUCAAUUCGCGUAUGUCGCGAUAUGAUAACGCGUAGGUCUCUUGGAUACGCCUAUGUUAAUUUCCAGCAGCCAGUGGACGCUGAAAGAGCUUUGGAUUCCAUGAAUUUUGAUAUGAUUAAAGGUAGACCGAUCAGAAUAAUGUGGUCCCAAAGAGAUCCCUCUCUACGCAAGUCAGGUGUGGGUAAUGUAUUUAUCAAAAACCUUGAUAAAUCUAUAGACAACAAGGCUAUGUAUGACACCUUUAAUGCAUUUGGUAACAUUUUGAGUUGCAAAGUAGCCCAAGAUGAAAAUGGAGCAUCCAAGGGAUAUGGAUUUGUACAUUUUGAAACAGAAGAAGCUGCUAAUAAAUCUAUUGAAAAAGUAAAUGGAAUGCUGUUGAAUGGAAAAAAAGUAUAUGUUGGUAGAUUUAUUCCCCGCAAAGAACGUGAAAAGGAAUUAGGAGAGAAAGCAAAGCUUUUCACUAAUGUUUAUGUCAAAAACUUUGGGGAAGAUUUUUCAGAUGAAAUGCUCAGAGAAAUGUUUGAAAAGUACGGCCAUAUUACAAGCCACAAAGUUAUGUACAAGGAAGAUGGAUCAUCUAGAGGAUUUGGUUUUGUUGCUUUUGAAGACCCAGAUGCAGCUGAACGAGCAUGCAUGGAACUUAAUGGGAAAGAAUUGGUUGAGGGGAAACCAUUAUAUGUUGGGCGUGCUCAGAAAAAAGCUGAGAGACAGAAGGAAUUAAAACGUAAAUUUGAGCAGUUAAAGUCUGAACGCUUAACUCGUUACCAAGGUGUCAAUUUAUAUGUAAAAAAUUUGGAUGAUACUAUAGAUGAUGAAAGGCUUCGUAAGGAAUUUGCUCCAUUUGGAACAAUAACAUCUGCCAAGGUUAUGCUGGAAGAUGGUCGCAGUAAAGGAUUUGGAUUUGUCUGUUUUUCAUCUCCUGAAGAAGCUACUAAAGCUGUAACAGAAAUGAAUGGUCGUAUUGUAGGAACAAAACCUCUCUAUGUAGCUUUAGCUCAACGUAAAGAGGAUAGGAAAGCUCAUCUGACUUCACAGUAUAUGCAACGUAUGGCAAGCAUGAGGAUGCAACAAAUGGGACAAAUUUUCCAACCUGGUAGUGCCGGAGGCUAUUUUGUUCCAACAAUUCCACCAGCUCAGAGGUUCUAUGGCCCAGCGCAAAUGACUCAAAUCAGACCAUCUCCCCGUUGGACUCAACCACCAGUAAGACCAGCAACUCAAACUGCAGCUUCAGCAUAUCCUAACAUGCAAGCUCCAUUCCGUCCUGCACCUCGUGGUCCAGCGCAAAACACCCUUCGUGCAUCAUUAGGGGCUAGGCCCAUAACAGGCCAGCAAGGAGUUCCUGCAACUUCAUCUAUUCGCGCUCCUUUGGUUACUAGUGGACGUCCUGCAGGAUAUAAAUACACUGCUAAUAUGCGUAACCCGCCAGCUCCGCAACCAGCUGUACAUAUCCAAGGCCAAGAACCUCUGACAGCAACAAUGUUGGCAGCUGCUCCAUUGCAAGAGCAGAAGCAAAUGUUGGGUGAGCGCCUGUUCCCAUUGAUUCAAAGGAUGCACCCUGACUUAGCUGGUAAAAUUACUGGCAUGUUACUUGAAAUUGACAAUUCUGAACUUCUUCACAUGUUAGAACAUGGAGAAUCAUUGAAAGCAAAGGUGGAUGAGGCAGUUGCUGUUUUGCAAGCUCACCAAGCUAAGCAGCAAGCUACAAAGAAGGAGUAGGUAGUGAACAAUUUUAUUCUCAUGAGGUUAUGAGAAUAAAGGUGUUGCUCGUUUAGUGAGCUAUUUUGUUUUUUCUUUUUUCUGUGCUUUUUACAUUAAGAUAAUGUAAGGAGUCCCGGUCAUAAAAAAUAAUAAAUAAAAAUUGUAAAACAAAAAAAGUGGAGUGCACUAUUCCAACUAUAUAUAUAUACUUUUAUGAUAACUUUUUGGUGUGCACAUCUGCAAAAAAAACAUUGCAACUCAACAUUUCAUAAUGUAUACCUAUAUAUAUAUUUAGAUACUAUGAAGUAACAUUUAUAUAUCUUAUAAAUAGGGCAUUAUGUUAUUUACUGGGCACUUGAGUUUCUACUUUCCAUGAGAGGUUUUAUUUUAUUUCAAUGUCUUUACUUUUUUCUAAUGGAGUUGGCUUUCGUUCUUGCAAUGUGUUUUUUUUCCUAGUCAGAUACUAUUGGAUAUUUAUCUACCAUGUAUUGAACACAUGGUCGCCAAUAUGUCUGACUAUUUAUCAUAAUAUGUUGUUACAUAAUAUAUUCUAUGAAAUAAAAA